AUAUAAAAAAAAAGAAUAAACACAAAACAAGCAUCUCACAAACAACAGACAACGUGUGCUUAAAUAUAUACAUUAAAGUGAUUUACUUGUUGUAGAAAGAAAGAAUAUUAUAUAUUUAAAUAAAAAAGAAUAAAACUAUGCCUCAGUGGCUGGUCAUUGGUAUUUCGGGUGUCACAUGUGGUGGCAAAACUACAUUGGCACACAAGUUACGAGAUUAUUUCAUGAAUCAGCGUAAUGUUCAAUUAUGGAAUACGCCAUACACAAUCAGUGACGUACAGUUAAUAUCUCAAGAUGAUUAUUUUCUACCUGUUGAUGACUUGCGACACAAAUGGGUCGAACCACUGAAUGCAAUCAAUUUCGAACUCAUUACAUCGCUGGAUAUGAAGCAAAUGAUAUCUGACAUUACGUGGACAAUGAAGGGUCGUUAUUUGGCCGGUGAUCCAAUGGAAAAUAUUGAUUUCUCCAAUGACAUGUCUCCCUACAGUGGUACAUUUGAACACUUUACUAGUUCGCAAAAUCAACAUUAUGGAAAUCCUUAUGUUGCUACGCACCAUACCACACAUCUCAGUAAUAUGCCUCAUUUGUCAACUAAACCGCAACAUAACAAACAUCAUAUACAACACCAGCCGCAACAUCAGCCACAACAGCAUUACCACCACCAUCAUCAUCAGCACCAACAUCAUCAUCACAACAAUUUAAGUAAUCAGAAUCACCAGAACACAGCUCACAUUAUGCGUGUUAAUUCGCAAAUGGUUGCCCAAUUGCGCGACAACAAAAUCAACAUUCUAAUCAUUGAGGGCUUCAUGAUUUUCAACCAACCCGAAUUACUCACUCUGUGCAACAUUAAAUUCCACUUUCAUUUGCCGUAUGAGAAAUGUUUUGAGCGUCGUCGCAAGCGCACCUACGAUCCUCCAGAUGUCACUGGCUAUUUUGAGAUGUGCGUGUGGCCGCAUUAUGAGAAGAAUUUUAUGGAUUUCCGCGACCGUAAGGACAUAACAUUUUUGAACGGCGAAAUAAGCAAAGAAAAGAUUUUCAAAUUUGUCAUACAACGCAUCGUACAGUAUUUCGAUGAACGUUGUGAUGUGGCCUGUCCACCGCCCCACAAACUUUUAGGAAUUCCCAGUUGCAACAAUGGAAAUAUUAAUACCAGCCCAACGUUACAAACAUGUCCGAUGGAACAACAAUAAGUAAACUGUUUUAGCUUUAUUAAAUAUAACAUUCGCUCAUAAACGUAUGCGUUGCGAAAUUAUACGCGAGGGAGGCUUUAUUUCGAAUAUACCGCGUCCCGAUUCGGAUUCGGAAUCAGAAAACCUGUUUAUUUAAUCUUAUAACAUGGAAUUAAAUAUAAAUUUAUCAUUUGGUUAAAAUAGUUUAACAAUUGCACAUACAUGUAAAAUGUAAAUAUGUAUAGUUUAUCUAUUUAUUUAUAUAGUUUUAAAUGUAUAUACGUAAAUGCAUACAUACAUAUAUGAAUAUAAUUAUAUACACACACAUAAAUAUAAUGAAAAAUAUCUAAUCGGAAAUGUUUAUGUUUAUAUGUCGAAAUCGAAUAUUCGAAAUUGAAUUUAAUUAUUAAACUGUGAAUAAGGGUAUUUGAAUAAAAAAUAAAAUAUGUAUAUGAAAUAUUUAUUAACUUAAGAAAAUUGCUAAUGUGGUAAUAAUUAAAGCAAACAAAAAAAAUAUAUAUUAAAAUGUUGUUAUAUCUGUCUAAAAAUAA